CAGCUCUUUGCUGCAUUUGGCAGACAUGGCAUUACCAAUCAGAUGGCUAAGAAUAGUCAUCUGAUUCCUGCUUUGUAGCAUUCUGAAGGAUUGACCUUCUUGGAAUGUAAUCCCAGUGGCGUCUCUUUUCUGUGUAGCCCACUCUGCCAUCAAACAGCCGAGUGACUCCGGGUUGAUCAGGGGCGCCUCAAGAAUUGCGGAUAUCACUUCACCUGGAAGAUUCACCCACUGCUACUCAGAGCGGUUUCUGAAAUACCAUGUCUAAGAACUCGGAGUUUAUCAAUCUGUCAUUUUUGUUAGAUCAUGAGAAGGAAAUGAUCCUGGGAGUCCUAAAGAGAGAUGAAUAUUUGAAAAAAGUGGAGGACAAGAGAAUAAGGAAGCUGAAAAAUGAACUCUUAGAAGCAAAACGUAGAAGUGGGAAGACUCAACAAGAAACCAGCAGAGUCUGUGUCUACUGUCAGAGAAACCUGGGCUUAAUAUUCGACCGAGGAGACCCGUGCCGGGCCUGCUCACUGAGAGUGUGCAGCGAAUGCCGGGUCUCGGGCCUUGACGGCAGCUGGCAAUGCACCAUCUGUGCCAAAGUCGCGCAGCUAAGGAUUGUAACCGGUGAAUGGUUUUUUGAAGAAAAGGCAAAGCGUUUCAAGCAAGUCAAUCUUCUGGGCACUGAUAUAGUCCGACAGUCCAUCUUAAGAAGAAGCCCAGGAACUGAAGAAAUACAAAGUCAAGAGCAACCCCACCAGGAUGCAGAAAAGGCAGACACUUCACCUUCUGCCAGGCAAAAGGCCAGUCAUGAUGGACCCAGGAAAAAGGGAUUUCUUCUUAGCAAGUUCAGAUCAGCAACCAGGGGAGAAAUCAUAACUCCAAAAACUGAAAGUGGGCGGAGCUACAGCUUGGACUUAGACGGCCAAAACUUUCGGAGUUUAAAGUCCAUCCCUGGUUCAGACAGGAGAAGCACUGGUUCAUCAGACCUUUAUGACCAGGAAGCUGGCCCGGCAACUCGGAAGAGCAGCCGGAGCAGUGGAGUGACCCCUGUCACGCAGAGGUCACCGGCUCCAAGCACACGCAGCGUGACCUCAGCCAGCAGUAGAGAACAUGGUUUCGAAAAUUCCAUGGAUUUGGCUGCCCUUGAAAGCACAUCUGACGACCUCGCAAAGAGUCGUCGCAGAAACACUUCUGGCACACCGUCCAUAGCAGUGUCUGAGGUCUCCCUCUCCUCAGACCGGAGUCAAUCUGAAUUAGAUUUGAGUGGGUCAUUUCCAGAAGAUUUAGAGAAUACUGUAAACAUAAGAAGCAAGUCUGUCCCUGGGGCUUUAGACAAAGACUUGGACUCCUUGGAAGAGACUGGGGAAGGCAUUAAUGACUUAGUGUCCUCACGGUUUUCGGCAAACACCCACAGUCUAGCAAGUGGCCUGUCAACUAGUUCUCCAGCAGGCUCUGACAGGAAGUGGACCUACCUGAACGUCCCUGAUGCUGACUCAGACACUACCAGCCUUAACAGCAUGAUGAGUGUUUACAGCGAAACAGGAGACUAUGGCAACGUGAAGGUCAGUGGUGAAAUCCUUCUUCACAUCAGCUACUGCUACAAAACUGGCGGGCUCUACAUUUUUGUCAAGAAUUGCAGAAAUCUGGCCAUAGGAGAUGAAAAGAAACAGAGGACAGAUGCUUAUGUCAAGUCGUACCUUCUCCCUGACAAGUCCAGAAACAAUAAACGCAAGACCAAGAUCAGAACAGGCACCAAUCCAGAAUUCAACGAGACAUUAAAGUACACCAUCAGCCAUACCCAGCUGGAAACAAGAACUCUGCAGCUCUCAGUCUGGCAUUAUGAUCGAUUUGGACGUAACAGCUUCCUUGGGGAGGUGGAGAUUCCUUUUGACUCAUGGAAUUUUGAAAAUCCAAGUGAUGAGUGGUUUGUGCUUCAGCCCAAGGUGGAAUUUGCUCCUGACAUAGGCCUUCACUAUAAAGGAGAGCUGACAGUUGUCUUACGUUACAUUCCCCCAGAGGAGAACCUGGUGCUUCCUCUAGAACAAGUUCAAGGAAAGAAGAGCUUCAAAAGGGGAAAGAAGAAGGAGUCACCUGUAAUAUUUGGAGGAAUACUGGAAGUGUUCAUCAAAGAGGCAAAGAAUUUGACCGCAGUGAAGUCGGGAGGCACUUGCGAUAGCUUUGUGAAGGGCUACCUGCUCCCUGAUGAUAGCAAAGCCACCAAGCACAAAACUCUGGUAAUAAAAAAGAGUGUUAACCCUCAGUGGAACCAUACUUUCAUGUUCAGUGGCCUGCAUCCCCAGGACAUAAGGAAUGUUUGCCUCGAACUUACUGUCUGGGACAAGGAGGCCUUUUCCAGCAACAUCUUUCUGGGAGGAGUUCGUUUGAAUUCUGGAACUGGUAUGAGCCAUGGGAAGAACGUGGAUUGGAUGGACUCUCAGGGGGAAGAGCAACGCCUUUGGCAGAAGAUGGCCGACAAUCCCGGGACUCCCGUGGAGGGUGUACUCAUGCUCCGUUCCAGCAUGGGGAAGUGUAGACUCUGAAGGUAUGCAGAAGUCCAUCAGAAACCUGCAAUGUUGUUCUCAGAGAGAAAAGGUAAAUUGAUCUUCAUGUCAUUCUUUUUACUAAGUAUUGUGUAGAAGUACAAAUAUUUUAAAAUCUAGAUUACAUAUGUGAAUGGCACACAAUUCAAAUAGUUCAAAAUUGUGAAAAGUCCGUCUGCCUUCCUCCUCUUCCAUAGCAGAAAUGAUUGAUAGUCUCAUUCUUUCUUAUGCAUAUAGGGUAUUACAUUAUAGGGAUAUAGCAAAUUUAUUUAACCAUUCCUAUCAAAUGCCAUGUUAAAUAUGGUUAACUAAGCUAUCUAUGUUUGGUGGCUUUUCUGAAUAACCUUUUCUUUCAAACAUCAACACUUCGAAAUUCAAAAUGAGAUUUUUGGGUAUUUCCAAUUUGGGGUAUUUGUCCUACAGAGAUAGAUACAGGUGUGAGAAAUGAGUACAUACAAAAGUAUUUAUUGCAAAAGAUAGAAAAUAACCCAGUAGCCCCUCAGUAGAGGCCUUCUGCAAUAUCAUAUAUGCCUAGUUUUUCUGUGUCAUUAGUUGCUCCCUCUCCUUCUCUGUUAAAGGUUGUUAAAUGAUAAGCAUCGGAUUCUUCAGUGCUUGUUGUUUCUUAUCACUUCAUACACCAUCUCUGGCAUUAUCAUGUAUGCUGCCCUCGUAGUUUUAUAUGCUUAUAACUUCAAACUCACAUCUCCAACCCAGACCCUUCCUCUCAGCCUUAGACUCAGACCCACCUACCUAUAUGACCUAUCCACCAGCAUAGCUCAUGUUUUCAACAUAGUCAAAAUGGAACCCUUUAUUCCACCUUCCCCUUGUACCCAAUUCUUCCUAUUCUAGUAUAUCCUGUCUCAGUGCCUUGUACUGUCAUCUACCCAGUUGAGCCAGUUCAGCUGGACAGUUCAGCCCAGUCUGUCUCAGCACAGAUAAAAGCACAGAGAGUGCUCUCCAGCCCAGCUCUCCAUAUCACCUUCUCAGAAGAUACCAUGACCUUGCAGGAGUGUCCUUGUCAGGACAUCUCAGCCCUCAGCAUUCCCUCACUUGAAUCAUACAAGUUGUAAAGGGAUAUGGGCAAGCUUUAAAGCCUGACUUUAUCCAUUCAGAUUGUCAACAGUACUUUCAGGACAUCUGGAAGAUAAUUUAUCAGCUCUCAUUUCACUUACAUUGUCACUAUAACUGAAUCAUCAUGUUGUAGAUCUUCCAGGACACAAAAAUGCCAAACACAAAGAUAUUUUGAUGUAACUUCAUAAUCCUAGUCUCCUUUUCCUUAAUAAACCCACACAAAUAUAUGACCAUUGAUCUUUAA